AGUGCGCAACUGAGUGAAAUCAUCAGCAGCCUAAUUGCCCCACUAAAUCUGUCUCCAGCUUCUUCAUCUCUUUCAUCCAAGACCUGUAGGCACAGACAGCUGGUCAAUGGCAUCUCUUUCAGAGCUUCAGACAACAGAGAGGUAUCCUCUUCAAGCAGCUGGUUGCUUGAUCAUCAGCACAUCAAGAAAAGAAGAAGAGACAGGUCAAGACUAAGAUCUCUCUCCGUGGCUAACAUGAGCACAUCUGCCCGAACAAGGCCACUUCACAGUUUCCAGAAGAGGAGACUUUACAGAAUGCACGGUGCCUGUUACUGGAAUCAGCAGACUUCACCAUCUAGAGAUGCCUCCUUUCCAUAUAAAACUCAGUUACCAUGUAUGGUGCCAGCCUCAGCUUUAAGCAAUAGUGAGUACAGCGCAGAAUCUAAAAUACUAGAUUAUGUGCAAGAGCUGGACUCUUCCUUCCAUCCGGUCUUAUCAUUCCCUUCAGAUAUUCCUCUUCACAUAUACUUUGAAACAUUAUUAAGGAGGGAUGACAUCAAAGGAGAACCUGUUGAUACCUCAUCUUUGGGAGUGGAUUUUAAAAUAUCUCCAGACAAUGACUAUAAUCAACUUUCUGUCAAACAAUGGAGCAGUGGCUGUUUAUCUAAUUCCAAAUCUCAAUCGGUGUCAGGAACAUCUGACCAGCUGUCAGAAGGAAGAAAGAAAAGACAUCUAAGUGAGACAGCAGUAGGCGAACGUAAUGCUAGGUUUGAGACAUUCUCCUUUCAACAUGCAGAACCGGACUCCCAUAGCAGUUUUGCUGCCGGGACCAAUGUCAAUGCAAUGACUAGGCCCUCUCACAGCACUUCAUCACAGCAUAACGCCAGAAGGAGGUUGAGAAGUGAGAGCUCCUAUGAUAUAGACAACAUUGUUAUUCCAAUGUCGCUGGUGGCACCAUCAAAGUUGGAGAAACUACAGUACAAAGAAAUCCUUACCCCAAGUUGGAGAGUUGUUGAAUUUCAACCUUUAGAAAGAUCUCAUACAGAUGAAGAAGAGACAGAAGAUUUGUCAGAUGAAGUAUUUUCCUUACGUCACACAAAGUACGAAAAAAGAGAGCGAGCAAGGUGGUCGCUGUGGGAGCAGAGCCGCUGGCCCAGAAGGAAUAGCAGAUCUUACAGCAAAAAUGCAGAUGGACGACACAGCCAAGAUUCGGUGCAGAAAGACCACCACGGCGGCCUUUUUUCUGAACCUGUUCCCGACUUGACGUCGGAAGCCCACAGCUCUGCCUGUUCAGGGACCGCACAACUCGGCAGGGAGAGCCAGGAAGCGAAGUCUGGGCUGUGGGAACUUCGAGUUUUUCCACUAAAAGAUGAAGAGGUAGAAGCUUUACUGUGCCAAGAUCAAAUAACGAAUCAGACUGAAAUGUCAAGUGCAGCUUUCCCCAGCGACUCUCUCUGUACUUCCUGCACACCCAUUGGUUUGCCAGACAAUGGCCAUCCACCAAGAAAACAAUCUACCGAAGAGUCAGACGACUGCGAAAAUGUUUGCCUGGGAAUCAACAAUACAAGAAAACAAAGGUGACAGGGAAUAAUGUGGUUCAUUAAGAAAGCCAAUUAAGGCGGAGAAAAGUGUAAGGUAAAAUCUUUCUUGUUCACACAGCAUAUGACAGCACAAUUCAAAACCUGUACAUUAGCCGCAUAUAAUAUAUUUUCUUUCUUGCUUUGUAACAGGUAGGAUAAAUCCCAAAGACAACACUUUCUUCUUCCUGAACCCCAAGAGA